GCGUUUAAACCGUUUGUUGGGUUGGAUGAGGCCAGGCCAGUGCAUAACGCGAGAACUAGCAGAGUGAGGUGAGGAUUCAAUUCAGUUAGGUAUAACGCUUUGUUUAGUGUGAGUUCCGUUAUGGCGUAGUGUUUCAAAACGCGAAAUUUAGUGACGAUAUUGUUUUAAGUGUGUAAAGAGAUUGAAUUUUAAUGGUGAAGAUGUCGGUAAUGCAAAUUCAGCAGGCCAAAAGGCAACAGUGUUAUCUUUGUGACCUUCCGAGAAUGCCAUGGGCAAUGGUACACGAUUUUUCUGAAGCGGUAUGUAGAGGAUGUGUAAAUUAUGAAGGUGCUGACAGAAUCGAAAUAGUUAUAGAAACUGCUCGACAAAUGAAACGAGCUCACGGAUUUCAGGAACAGCGAUCCGCUCAUAAUGCAAAGACCCACAGAAGUACCACUUCGUUAGAACACCAAAAUGGUGAAGUAGUUGCCUCGUCAAGUAGACAACAAAGUGCUCCUCAUCAUACUACCACUUAUGGACUUCACCAUUCGAGGUCGAAUAUGUUGGCAGAGUAUCAAGCUGCUCAACAACAAGCUCCUGUGCCUCCCAGAGGGAGAACACAGCUAGAAGCUACACAAGAACACGAAAUUGUUGCACGAACCUCAGUGAGAUUGCCAACGGCAGCCCAUUUGGCUGCUCAUCACCAGUUGCAAACUCAUCAUCAUUCUAACAAUAGCAGGCCUGGUACGAUACCCCAACAGGGAAUUAAAAGAGGGUUAACUUCGACAGAUGACGAUGAUCACCAUGGUCAUCAUCAUUCCAACGGAGAUAUCGGCGGAGCUAAAAGAAUGCUUUCAGUUGACGAGCACGGUAAUGCCGUCAGGCCCCCAUUAACUAGGGGAGACUCCCUUCCUGCCGUUUCGCUAGCACAGCCUUUUGUUAUUUCGACGGAAAGAACGUUUAAACAAGAGAAACACCCUAUUCGAACAGCUUCCUUUGACGCAGGAACUGCAUUUAAACCUAAUGCUCCUGUCUCGAUAGCCAGUGCGAAUGGGACCUCUUCGAAUUCUCCAUUAAAUAAUAGAACUGGUUCCCCACCAGAAGCCAACAUGGCUGGUGCGACACCCCAGGCUCAACCUACUACCGGUUCUGGCCAAAGCCCCAUGGCAGCUUUGAUAUCAGUAGCCGACAAUCUACCACCAGGAAGUCCUCGAUCAACAGGAGGAAGUCCACCUACAAACGUUGCCCCUCGGUCUGCAUCGAGAGGAUCUCAGCAUUCGCCUAAUUCAACAGCAGGUUCUUCUAGUGGUAGACGUUCGUCUGGAUCAAGGCAUGUUUCUUCAACGACAGUAACAUCUACAGAAGCUGGUACUAUGUCGGCCAAUAAUAAUGAGACUUUAACCGGUAGCGGCGACAAUGUUGCCACUACUCCUACGGCUACAGCAACUUUGAAAUGUACAUUGUGCCAAGAACGAUUGGAAGAUACACAUUUUGUACAAUGUCCUUCAGUGCCACACCACAAAUUCUGUUUUCCCUGCAGCAGAGAAAGCAUAAAACGACAAGGAGCAGGAUCCGAGGUAUACUGUCCUAGCGGAGAAAAAUGUCCAUUGGCGAAUUCGAAUGUACCAUGGGCAUUUAUGCAGGGAGAAAUAGCCACGAUAUUGGGUGAAGAUUACAAAGUGAAGAAAGAAAGAGAAUCUUAAAAGCAAGCGAAGUCAUGUUGAGCGUGAAACUCUUACUCGAUAGAAGUCGAGGAAAAAUCUCUUGACAGAGAUCGAAACUUAAUGGAAAAUAUUGAUGAAGGCAAGAAUUUGGGAGUCAAGAUGCCGAAAGGAUUGUCUUGUACAUUAAACUGGAAAAGGCUGUGUCAAAAUGUUUAGUUCUUAAAUAACGGAUGGUACGCGAAUCUGUAAAAUCCGUCUUAUGAUUGUAUACCUACCGAAUUAUAACAAAAAAAAAUGGCUAAUUUCGCCGAAUAUUUGUAAAUAACGACAGCGACCAUGUCUGUAGCUUUUAAAAUGAUUUAUUGUCUCGGGUUUUUGCGAUUAUUUACUUGUCUCUUUUAUUGUAAACGACUUUUUGUAAAUAUUGUACAAUAAGCAAAAAAAAUUGGAAGAAGUGUAUAAAAUAUAUUAUGCCAGAUAGAU